GUUGGGCAACGCGGACAAAUAAUAUUCUCCAGGGGUUAGACACUUUGGCCUUGUCCAUGGCCUUGCGGCUGAUUCAGAGGAAGGAACAAGGAAGGUGCUGCCCAGGAAGCAUUUGAAGUGGAACAAUUUUGUCAUUCAAAAUCUAAAAUUGAUCAAGCACUUGGGAGGAUGCAGACUUUCUGGAGGAAGAGACAGGUGAAAUCACAGUAACGAAGUCCCUCAGAACCAUUAACCAAUCUGACACUGCCAGACCACAGUGCAGGAUCGAGUGCUCGCCAGAGGACUUCACUGACAGAGAGAUGAAGAUCAACAAUGACGAGCGCUCAACAGAAGUAAAUCAGGAGCACUUGACAAUUGGCCAUCAGGAGAUCGAGCAGCGUUUCAACGCUCUUAAACAAAAAGAGAUGCAACUACGGUGUCAGUUGAUAGACAGAAAUGAAGACAUUGAAAGGGAGAAGAUACUUCUGGAAAGGGAUAGGGUGCAUGAGAGAAUGGAUUGGGACAGGUGUAUGCAAGAGAGAGAAGCUGUUUUGGUAUCUACAAUCAUAUCUGCAAUGAGGAAGCGAGAAACGGUGAUGGAGGAGCUGAGAAAUCAAGUAUUGAUAGAGAGCGCCAGCAACACGAAACCUAUGGAAGGAGCAGUCAAGAAUUGCUGUGGGACACGCAGAAAGUGGUGGAGUUUUCGAAGAUUUGAGACCUAUUUUCCUCGUCGGUGUUCUUCCACAAGCAGAUCUUCUAAAAACAAGUGUGAGUGUGGCAGACACACCAAUAACAAAGGACAGACGUCAGCAGCUGCUAACCAAGGAGCGAUGCUUCAGGUUAGCCCAGCAGGAGAGGUCAUCCCGCCCCAACGUUCAGAUCCAAACAAUGGUGAGGGCCAUACAGACAGCACCGCAGAGUUAAUCAGACGGAAAGAACUGGAAAAGAUUGCCAUACUGGAGAAGAGGGUUCGAGAGGCUGAAAUGAAAAGGCAGGCAAAAGCAGGACGGAAGGCUAAAAAGACAGAGAAGAAAUGGAGGAAGAAAGAGAUGAGUAGGCCUAGCCCUGCUCAGAGGGAAGAUAGUGUGAAAGACGUCACAUUGAGGGAGCAUGUGGAACAGAAUGAACUGAAGAUAGCUGAGCAGGAGAAACAGAAAGGACUUGGCAUCCUGCACUGGAUGGGUUUGAACCGGAACACCCACAAAAAAAGAACCAAAUUGAACAAGACUGUAACCAGCCCAUGAGCCUUAGUCUACAUGAUUGCAUGAUGU